GUACAAGAGGACCACGAGAAGCCUCCAACAACCAGAAUGACGUCACCAGAUGAAGAUGAGACGCUCGGGCAACCACAAUCGACGGUCACCUUCCAGGUGGGCGAGCGGCAUUCGCUUUGUGUGGAACUGAAGACGGCCAUUGACAUCGAAGCAGUGUUGAAAAAGGUCUUUACUGGCCCAGCGGUUCGUGUAGUAGAGGAAGCGGGCAAGACGGUAGUGCAAUUCGCGGACGAGGUUUGGCGAAACACCGACUGGACGACCGCGGAGCUGCAGGCCUGGCUAGAGCACUGCAUUUCUAUCCAGACAACCACGGACGAGAAAUUUUGUUCCACCUUCGCCAGAGCCCUGCAGCGAUCCAUUUUUGGAGCGCAGCACGAGAAUCAUA